ACGACCGCCAAUCAGAAGAUACGCCAAACUCCCGCCUUCAAAGGUUACGCUGCGAUAGCGCCAAUCAGAGAACGCGAUUCCGUUCUGCCAAUCAGAGGGAACGCUACCCUCCGUCAGUUCUCACUUCCUCUGCUCUCCCUGGAGGGCCUGUGCGGAGGCCGGGAUGGAGGGCCGGGCUUCAGGCCCCGAGGCCCGCGGCGUUCUCCGCUUGUGACCCCGAGGACCAUUGCCAGACUCCCGAGGACUCAGGGGCGGGGCGGGGCGGGGCGGGGAGGGAUUCAGGGCCCGGGAGGCGCCACCCCCAGCAGCCUCGCCCGGAGGCUGGACGGUGGGAGCCGACGUGCCCCUCGCUGCUCCCGGAGGUCCGAGCCCGGCACCUGCGGCCGCCGGCCGCGCUCUGGGGCCUUCUCCCGGACCUCGCGCCUGAAGAGGACCCCAGCCGGCCCCAGCAGGGAGCCUGAGGACAUGGCCCCCGGAGCCAGCAAACCCUCCUGGCAGGAAUCAUUGACAUUCAAGGAUGUGGCCGUGGACUUCACCCAGGAGGAGUGGUGCCUCUUGGACCAUUCUCAGAAAGAGCUCUACAAGGUUGUCAUGCAGGAAAACUCCCAGAACCUGCUUUCCAUGGGGAUCCCAGUUCUCCAAGAAGAUUUGGUCUCCCACUUUGAGGAAAGGGAACCAUCCUGGAUCCUGGAUCAAAUAGACCUGAAGAACUCUUGUCCAGAUACGGAGACAAGGUGUACAAUGAAUGAGACUGCUUUGAAGCUGAACGUUUCUGUGGAAGAAUCUUGCCAGCAAAGAUUCAAAAGUGAUAAUCCCUGUGACUUGAGUUUGAGAGAAAUCUGUGACUCAGGCAUCAAGAUAGAGAAAAAUCAAAAUAGUCACUGUGAAUUUGAUAAAGAUGCAAAGGAUUUCAAACAAUAUUCUGUCCUAAUUCAACUUAAGAAAAUGACCUCAGAGAAUGACUCUUUUCAGUAUUGUGAAGGUGGUGAAUGUGUUAAUGAAAAGAUCGGUCUUAUUCAGUCUUAUGAGAUGCCCCCUCAAGAACAAAUGUAUCAAGGUAUUCAACAGGAAAUGGACAUUAAUUUGAGUUCAGACAUCAUUAGACAUCAGGAAAGUUAUAAUGGAGAAAUGGUUUACAUAGCAAAUGAAAGUGAUAAGACUUCCAGCCAGAACUCAAAGCUCAUUGACCCUCAUAAUACUGCUGGGAAACCUUAUGAAUGUAAUCAGUGUAGAAAAUCUUUUACAAAAAGAUCCACUCUUACUAUGCAUCAGAGAAUCCACACUGGGAAAAAAAUUUAUGAUUGUAAUCAGUGUGGAAAGGCUUUCCUAGAUAGGGCAAAUCUUGAAAACCAUCUGAGAAUCCACACAGAGGAGAAAUCUUAUGAAUGUAAUCAAUGUGGAAAGACUUUCAGACGGAGCUCUGGUCUCUUUACACAUCAGAAAAUUCACACUGUACAAAAACCUUAUGAAUGUGGGAAAACUUUCACUCAGAAUUCCCAAAUUUUGAUGCAUCAAAGAAUUCACACUGGAGAGAAACCUUAUAUAUGUAGUCAUUGUGGAAAGACUUUCAGACAAAUUGCUGUUCUUUCUAAACAUCAGAGAAUCCACACUGCAAAGAAAACUUAUGAAUGUAAUCAUUGUGGAAAGAAUUUCACAAAAAGAUCCGGCCUUAUUAACCAUUUGAGAAUUCACACUGGAGAAAAACCUUACGGAUGUAGUCACUGUGGAAAGGCUUUCGCAGAGAAAUCCAAUCUUACUGUACAUCAGAGAAUCCACACUCGAGAAAAAUCUUAUGCAUGUGAUCAAUAUGGAAAGCCUUUCCCUGAGAACAUUCUUGGUCAAGAUCAAAGAAUUCACACUGGAGGGAAACUUCACAAUUGUAAUCAAUGUGAAAAGACUUUCAAAAAAAGAUCGAGUCUUCGUGAGCAUCAGAGAAUUCACACUGGAGAGAAACCUUAUGAAUGUAAUCAAUGUGGAAAGACUUUCAUAUCUAGCUCCUGUCUUGCUAAACAUCGGAAAAGCCACAGUGGUGAAAAAAUUUAUGGAUGUGCUCAGUGUGGAAAGGCUUUCCCAUAUAGGGCCAAUCUUGCUAACCAUUUGAGAAUCCACACAGGAGAGAAACCUUAUGGAUGUAGUCAGUGUGGAAAGGCUUUCACAGAGAAAUCCAAUCUUGCUGUACAUCAGAGAAUCCACACUGGAGAGAAACCUUAUGAAUGUAAUCAGUGUGGAAAGGCUUUUACAGAAAAAUGCAAUCUUACUGUACAUAAGAGGAUCCACACUGGAGAGAAACCUUAUGUAUGUAAUCAGUGUGGAAAGGCUUUCACACAGAAUAUCAUUCUGGCUCAACAUCAGAGAAUCCACACUGGAGAGAAACCAUAUGGUUGUAAUCAGUGUGGGAAGACUUUCAGAACAAGAUCCGGUCUUCAUGUCCAUCAAAGAAUUCACACAGAAGAGAAACUUCAUGAUUGUAAUCAGUGUGGAAAGAUUUUCAAAAAAAGAUCAAGUCUUCAUGAACAUCAGAGAAUUCAUACUGGAGAGAAAUAUGAAUGUAGUCAGUGUGGACAGACUUUUAUGUCAAGCACAUGUCUUGCUAAACAUUGUAACAUCCACAUUGGUGAAAAAAUAUAUGAAUGUAGUCAAUGUGGAAAGGCUUUGAGAUGCGGUUUUGAACUUGCUAAACAUUGGGAAAUUCUCCAUGGAGAGAGAUCUCCUGAGUGUCAGGAAUGUGGUAAAGUUUUUCAUGAACAUGCUUCUCUUAUUGCACAUCAGAGAACCCACUCUAGAGAGAAGAGUAACGAAUGUUAUCAAUGUGGAAAGGCUUUCACACAGAACUCCAAACUAGCUGUACACCUGAGAAUUCACACUGGAGAGAAACCUUUUAAAUGCACUCAGUGUGGAAAGGCUUUCCCAUAUAAGGCCAGUCUUGCUAAUCAUUUGAGAAUCCACACUGGAGAAAAACCUUAUGGAUGUGAUCAAUGUGGAAAGGCUUUCACAGAGAAAUCCAAUCUUGCUGUACAUCAGCGAAUCCACACUGGAGAGAAACCUUAUGAAUGUAAUGAAUGUGGAAAGGCUUUUAGAAUGAGAACCAUUCUUGUUGAACAUCAAAGAAUUCACACUGGAGAAAAACCUUAUAAAUGUAGUCAGUGUGAAAAGGCUUUCCCAUAUAAGGCCAAUCUUGCUAACCAUUUAAGAAUCCAUAUUGGAGAGAAACCUUAUCAAUGUCCUCACUGUGAAAAGGCUUUCCCAUAUAAAACCAGUCUUGCUAACCAUUUGAGAAUCCACUCUGGAGAAAAACCUUACAAAUGUACUCAGUGUGCAAAGUCUUUUACAGAGAAAUCCAAUCUUGCUAUACAUGAGAGAAUUCACACUGGCGAAAAACCUUAUGUAUGCAAUCAAUGUGGAAAGGCUUUUAGAAUGAGAACUGUUCUUGUUGAACAUCAGAGAAUUCACACUGGAGAGAAACCUUAUAAAUGUAAUCAAUGUGGAAAGGCUUUCCCAUAUAAGGCCAAUCUUGCUAACCAUUUAAGAAUCCAUGUUGGAAGGAAACUUUAUGAAUGUAAUCAAUGUGGAAAAUCUUUCAGAAUGAAAACCAUUCUUGUUGAGCAUCAGAGAAUUCACACAGGAGAGAAACCUUAUGAAUGUAAUCAGUGUGGAAAGACUUUCAGAUCCAGCUCCUGGCUUGACAAACAUAAAAAAAUCCACACUGGAGAGAAACUUUAUGAAUAUGACCAAUGUGGUGAAACCUUUUAAGUAACAGUUAUCCCUUAUUUCCCACCAGAGAAUUGCUAUUAAAUAUUAAUUGUCAUAGUGAUGGGUGAGGAAAGGCAUUUAAAUGAAUACAAAGAUUGUUCAACCUCAGAAAAUUCAUUUUGGUUAGGUGUCCUAUGUGGACACAGUGUGGGAAGGCCUUCAAUCAGAGAUCAUCUCUUUAUUUUAUAUGAGAGGAUUCAUAGUAGGAAAAAGCUUUAGGAAUUUGUUCAAUGGAAUCAGGAUUUUCUCUGGAACAAAGAUAUCACUAGAUAUGAGAAUAUUCAUACUGGAAUUAAGAUUUAUCAAAGCAUACCUUUUGUCAAUGUAAAGGCCUUUACAUAGAGUUCAUACUUGGUUAUACAUUGGAAAAAUCAUGCUAGAGAGAAAAUUUAUGGAUCUGAGUAAUGAGGUAAGACCUCUUGCAGUAGAGACUAUGUUAGGUUUCUCAAAAGUCAUAUUUUCAUAAAGCCCUACAAAUAUAAUGUUUGUCAUUAUUCUCAGUAAUAUUUUUUUAACAUUCAUAUACCAUGAUAUCUUCAGCCAUUUCAUAACUGAUUUAGUGUUCACUUUGAUUCCUGUUUUCUUAGUGAUGCUAAAUGUCCUGGUAUAAGUAUUUUGAUAUCUGCUAAACAUUUAUUUCUGUAAUGAUAUCUUUAAACAGCUAGUUGGCAUAGGGGAUAGUGUAUUAUGCCUGGAGCCCCAAGACCUGAAUUCAGAUUCUAUGUAUGACACUUAUUAACUAUGUGACCCUGGACAAGUCACUUAACUUCUUUCUCCCUGAUUUUCCCAUCUGUAGAAUGGGAUUAAUAAUAGCAAAUACCUCCUAGGGUUGAUAUGAGGAACAAACAAGAUAAUAAUAGUAAAUAUCUUUGCACAUAUUAAGUCAUGGUAGAAGAGAUAGCUAUUGCUUUUUAUUCCAUGGGUUAUAGGAUUCAUAGUCAAUUUAGUGGACUAAAAUAUAUAGACUAUUUAGUCAUUUUUCUAUCAACUCAUUGAUAUUCAGAACAGUGUAGAGGAAGUUACUAAUUUUAACAAAUAGGGCACUAGGUUUUGAAUCAAGAAGGUGGGUCAAAUCCUACCUCAAAUAUUCCCUACCUCUGUAUUUUAUAGAAAGGAAGAAGUUCUUAAAAAUUAGCUUGAGAAAUUGAGUAGAUCCAAGUACAUAAUCACGUACCCAAAAAGGUGAGUAUAAUAUGCAUGCCUUCAGUAAAUUCCAAGACCCCAAAUAUGGGGCCAGGAUUUUCUAAUUACCACAGAAAUACUAGAAAAACUGAAAAGCACACUGGCAGAAAAGAGAUAUAGACCAACAUCUCACAGUACCAAGAUUAGCUCUGUAGGUGAUUUAGAUAUAAAAGUCCUCUUAAACAUAAUUGGAAAAAUCAUAAAAAAGAUAGGGUUUUCCAUUUUGAAUAGGGGAUAAGUUCAUCAUUAAACAAAAGGAAAGAAAGAUUCACAGAAAAUAAAAUGGGCCACAUUAACAAUCCAAUACAUGAAUUGGAUUACAUGAAAAUGUAAAUGUGGCAAUUAACUGGGGGAAAUUUUCUCUGAUAAAGGCUUCACAUCCAAGAUUAUAUACAGGUUAUACAUAAAUAUAUAAAGAAAUUGUGUAGAAUAAUGUCAAAAAGUACAAAUGGGGAAUUUUCAAAGGAAGAAAUACAAAAUAUAAACAAUCCUAUGAUAAAUAAGUCCCAUAUCUGUAAUCAUUAAUGCAAAUCACUAAUAAUUAGAAAAAUUCUUAUAUUGUUAAAGGUGAUAAGAAUCAAAUAUUGGGGGAAAUUUAUUUUUCUUGAUUGAAUAUUUGAUAGAAUUUUGGGUUUUGAUGUUUUGGAUUUUUUUCCCUUUUCAUCUAUGGGAAGGUACAUAUUUGUUUCAUGGCAUAGAAAAUAUUUGUUAAUUUAGAAAUAAAAUUUAAAUUAACAAGAAAAACCUCUAAAUCACUAAUAAUUAGAUAACUGCAGUUAAUCAAUUAUAAUAUCCCAACCCAUAUCUAUGCAAUUGGCAAAGAUGAUAAGAAAAUUGAGCAUUGAAUUAAUAAGCAUGUGCUUAUUUUACCAUUGGUGAAGCUAUAAAGAUGAAAAAUCAUUGAACUGUGUAUACUCUUUGAUUGUUGAUGCCUCUAAAGGAUUUUUUCCUCUAAAGAAAGGAAAAGGACUCACGUACAAAACUAUAAUAGCUCCCUGUGUUAUGACAAAGGACUAGUUACUUACGUGUGUCCCACAAAAGGAUAAUGGCUGAACAAAUUUUGGUAUAUAAAUGAAAUGGAACAUACAAAGAAUUGUAUGAAAUAAUGCAGCAUAAUUGAUAGUAGUAAUAAUGUUGUAAAGGCCAGUAAGUUUGAAAGAUGUCAGAAGUCUUGAUUAUUAAAAUGAGAACCACAAUUGCAGAGGAUUUAUCAGGAUCUGCACCACCUGUUUCUUGAAUGAGAUGUGAUGUUUGUAGAAUAAAGUACUUUUUGAGGACGUGGACUGUGGUGGACUUCGUUUUGGUUUACUUCUUCCCUGACAUUUUUUUUCCCCAGUUUUGGGCAGGAGAGAAUGGUAGCAAAGGAGAUUAGGAAUUAGAAAUGCCCUUCCUCCAUUAAAAAAAAAAAAGUAAAGGAAAUUGAUUUUUAAAAUACAUGUAGCAGAACAGAAGAAAGUUUAGAAGAAACGAGAAUAGCUUUGAAAGUGCCAUAUUGAAUUGCUUAAUUACUCAAAAAGAAAUUCCAAUUUUUCAUGUUAGAACUUGUUCUGUGUGUAAUCCUCUUUUUCUGUUUAAUGGUAUCUAUUUCAUGUUUGUGAAUUUCAAAAUUAAAAAUAAUCAAAUAUUA